AUGAAACUAGAAGAGAAGAAAGGUGAAGAAAUGAGAAACAAGAUUGAGAAUAAGAUUGAGAUGAGAUUAAGUGAGAUGAGAAAGAAACAAGAAGAGAAGAGGAGGCAAGAGGAAGAAAAGGAGAAGGCAAGAGAAGAAGACAUGAGAAGACAAGAAAAUAGAAGAAGCAAAGAGAAGAGAAGAGAAGCGAAGAAAAGCGAAGAGAAGCGAAGAGAAGAGAAGAGAAGCGAAGAAAAGCGAAGAGAAGAGAAGCAAAGAGAAGAGAAGAGAAGCAAAGAGAAGAGAAGCGAAGAAAAGCGAAGAGAAGAGAAGCAAAGAGAAGAGAAGAGAAGCAAAGAGAAGAGAAGCGAAGAAAAGCGAAGAGAAGAGAAGCAAAGAGAAGAGAAGAGAAGCAAAGAGAAGAGAAGCGAAGAAAAGCGAAGAGAAGAGAAGCAAAGAGAAGAGAAGAGAAGAGAAGCGAAGAGAAGCAAAGAGAAGAGAAGAGAAGAGAAGAGAAGAGAAGAGAAGAGAAGAGAAGAGAAGAGAAGAGAAGAGAAGCCAUGUUCUCAGGCUGACCUCUCUCAGGACUAAAGGGAGUGAUGGAGAAUGUGUUUAUUCUCUGUGCUGCCUGUUUAUGUAUCUUCUAUCUCAAUGAGCACUGCAUUAUUUCUCUCAGGAAGAGAAUUUCAAUGACAUUAAGUUCUAUUUUAUAGUCUAUAAACACACUUAAGACUCUGAAGGCUGCAGCGGUGGGG